AUGAUCCACUCCAAAGUCCUCUUCCUCGCCCCCGUCAUCUCAAGCCUGGCUCAGGACCUUCCGACUGACAUUGUCGGCUGCAAAGACCUCGACUGCCCCAACGAGGGCUGGGACUCUUGCACUGUAGCAGACGAGACCUAUGCCGGUGUUGGAUUGGCACGGGUCUCAAACGCGCCAGACUCAUUGGCUGGCAUCUCCCUAGUGAAGGGGGUCCACAUCGAGGAUCCAAAGUCCGGCGGAAAUGCCGGGGGUGAUGGUUCCGAAGAGUCUCGCUCCUUCAGGUCUGUCUACUAUCUUGGAACGCCGUCCAAUUUGGAGGUGGCCGACGUGUCUGGCUGUGCUGUGGUCUUCAACGACCCUCCAACUGGCCACUUUGAUGUCCCCAAACUCAACGACAGCAUCACCGUCGACACGCGGGCCUCAUAUGGGACUUGCCCCGACGUCAUCCAGCAGGGUUGCAUUGAGGGUCUGACUCGGCAGGCUGGCAAAUUACAGUACUCCGGUUCCAAUGCUUGCUCAGCGCUUGCUUCAGACCUUCGUAACAAUCCUCCAGAUGAGUGCAGUGACAUGACAGGCUCCGGUGAUGGACUGGGCAGUUUCGACGUUGUCUCCUUGAGCAAUCUGUCUACCAUCUCGCAGUCUGCCAAUGGCUCCUCGAACUGCUGGCCUAUCUUGCCCAAGACAGACAAUCUCGCCCAGCUUUACGAUGACACGACAAAGGGCAACUACACGGAACAAGGAAACCUCGCCGAGAUGUACAAGAUUACCCCUAUCCUCACCGUCUUCACCUCGGACAACAGCACCAAUAGCCCGGUCAACAACACGGCUGCCUCCCUGACCUGCUUAAAGGUCGUAGGCACACAGGAUGUCACCAAUGCCACGGAUCCGACCGAUACCGACGUCGACGCUGCGCCGCUGUCAGCGGUGAAUAUGGUUGGGGCCAGUGUGGCGGCCAUUGCUACACUCAUAUUUGUCCUGCUCUAG